UAUAUCUGAAUUGUACGUUUAUUAGAGCACAGUAUUUAGAGAACACACAAAGCUACCAAAUAUUACUAAAGAGAAAAGGUUCGAGGAAGGGUUUAUUUAGAUAAAAGACACAAUGCUGCGCAUUCCUGGUAUGCCCCUUCUUCCGGGCACGCUGUUCCGCGAUGUAUCCAAAGGUCACUAUCCAAAACCGCAAUCCCUGUCCAACUUCCAAGGACUCAGCAUGCUGAGUGAUCGCCAGCAGCCGCCUCCUGUGGAAUCGGGCAGCGUUACGGUGGACAUAAGUUGUCCGCCAGUCGGGGCUUCCUCCAUAUAUCCACCAAGAUCGGGUCCCCGAAUGCCGCCCUGGUUGGCCUACGAUAAGAAGGUGCUGUGCUUCAGUGCCUACUUUAAGCAAACCCUUCAGGAGGUGUACCAUGCCCCCUACUUGGUGCGCAAAGUCAAGAUAUACUACUAUCUCGAGGACGGUACUUUGGAGAUCUACGAACCGCGGGUGGACAACUCGGGCAUUGUCCAGGGAUGUGUGGUUCAUCGCCAGCGCGUUCCAAAGGCCCCGCCUUGUGAUAACGAGUUUAUGUCCUUAAUUGAUCUAAACGUUGAUCAGACGGUUCAAAUAUUCGACCGUCAGUAUCAUAUUACCAAGUGUGAUCAGUUCACUCGGGAUUUCCUUAACAAACGUGGAAUAACGGUUCCCGAUCCUGUAAAAUCGCCAUGCGAUCCUACCGAGACGAUGAGAAAACGUGAGAACCAACCCAAAUCUGGCAAUUUAAUACCCAAGAACCACCCGUUUGCUCAGUUUCUAAAGUAUGAUCGGCAGAUAUUAAAGUUUCAGGCCUACUGGGAUGAUCGAACCGAGUUCGGCGAUGUACGAAAGUUGGAAGUGUGUUACUAUCUAUCCGACGAUACCAUAGAAAUCAAGGAACAACAUAUUCGGAACUCAGGUCGCGACGGGCCGACAGUAUUUCUUAAACGUGGGCGCUUAGCCAGAGAAUUUGAAGGCCUAGUGCUGCCAGGACAGAUGACUCCAAUGACGCUCUUGAACGUUCUGGGAACAAACAUGCGCAACGUACGCUACUGCGUGGAUCCCCUGAACACGGGCAACAAGGAGAUCCUUUACUAUAAGGAACGUGAUCUUCAGAUUGGCAGCGUGAUCAAUGUGUAUGGCCGAGCGGUGAUAAUCACCGAGCUGGAUCCCUUUACCCAGAACUAUUACCGCCAACGAUAUGGGAUUCAGGACUUCACCCCACUGCCGAUUCCCACCAGAUCGGAUGAUUGUGCGGAUCAUAGGGCGGGGGAACGCCAACUGCCGCCCUAUAAUGGUUGGGGCAGCUAUGAGGAUUCGGUGGGAAACUGCAUUUCGGUGGAGCCCAAGCCGCCCAGAACGGAUUUCAAGAAGUUCAUCAAAUACGAUCGUUACGUUCUGCGUUAUGGUGCCAAAAUGCUCUCGACGAUCAAGGCGAAUUGCGAGCGAAUUUUCGUGAUAAGCUAUUAUCUCUGCGAUGAUACGCUGCAAAUUCAGGAGAUAGCAGUUCGUAACUCCGGUUUCCUGGGCGGGGAGUUCAUGAAGCGAACCCGCCUGGAGUUACCGGGUCAGGAGAAGUUCUCGUGCAAGCAGCCGCAGUACUAUAUGCCCUUCAACUUCUUCAUCGGAUCCACCAUGUCGCUGAAGGACUUCAUCUUUCACAUUGUCUCCGCCGAUGAGUACACCCUUAUGUAUAUGGAGCACCAUCCGGAGACCUUUAGUCAGUCGAAUGUGGUAUUAAUCAUGGAAAAGGUUCGCAAUUCUCUGCAGAAUCGCAUGGCCGAGUUUGUGGGAUCUUGUGUUCCGGAUUGUACAGAUUUGGAGAAGAAGCGAGAUGUUUUCGUGUCCUUCGAGAGCUUCAAGGGAGCACUGAUUGGCAUAAUUGGUAAUAUGAUCAGUGAUCACGAGAUCAUCACUCUGUGUAGGCAUUUUUCGGCGGAGAAGAGUCAACCGCAUGCCUGCGAUAGGUCGACUGUACGGGCAGCGGCUCAUCUGGAACUCAAGAGAUCCCUGUGGAAUGCCCGAGAUGAUCUCAUGGAGCACUUCCAUCACAUCAAUCCCACCAAUCAACCCUUCCUACCGGAAUCCAAAGUGCGAUCGGCCCUUCGCGGGUGUCGUCUUCCCUUCUCUUUGGAACUGAUCGACAAUAUACUAUCCAUACUGAAUCGCAACGAGUGCGAUUAUAUCGAGGUGUGCGACCUGAUGAACUUCAUCGACGUAUCCUGUGGCAAGGGAUGCGACAUGGUGCCCGUCAAUCACGCCUUCGAGCUGUGCCCCAAGAUCCCGUUCCUGAACAAGGGUCGUGUGGUGAACUUCACCUGUUUCCUGCGGGAACUGAGUCUGCCCCUCAAUUUGCCCACUGGAGGCGAGAAGAACCACGACACGAUUGGCGAAACCAGGAUACUGCCUCCGUCGGUGGAAGCCGAGUUCCACAAGCACGAGGAGGACUCCCCUCACUCGUAGUCUAAGAAACAUCUAUAGCUAUCUAUAACAAGCGUUACACAUUGUUCGUUCCAAAUUUUUGGUUGUAAUUCCUUCAUUCAGAUUCUAAAUAUAUUUAAAAUUGCACUUGA